GGUGCGACGUUCAGUGGCAAGCCAGGCGGAAAGUAGGUCAGGGACGGGGGUGCCUUCGCUGCUCACAGCCCUCGCCGCGCUGCAGAGGGGCACCGACCCCCUCCCCCCUAUACGUUUACUUUAGGAACAUAGGACUUGCAUAUGAGAUCGGUCCAGCGAGUCCAGUGUCUUAGGUGCCAUUGCCCACUGACCAUCCACAGUGCAGCUACUCAGAUCAUCUUCCUUGCCUGUCACUGAUGACCCCUUUUUGAAUCUGUCCAUCUCCUCUUGUUUCACGAUCCAAUGGCUGACCAAAGGAUGGACAUCUCUUCUACAAUUAGUGAUUUUAUGUCACCAGGACCCACCAACCUAAUCUCCAGUUCCCUUAGCACUUCAGGAAUGGAUUGCAAUAGGAAAAGGAAAGGAAGUUCUACUGAUUAUCAACUUGAUGGAUUUUCCUUUGAAGAAGGUAUGGAUACAGAUAAAGAAGACCAGCACGGAAGGUUGGAAUAUACAGACCAACAAGGCAGAAUAAAAAAUGCAAGAGAGGCUCAUAGCCAGAUUGAAAAAAGACGUCGAGAUAAAAUGAACAGUUUUAUUGAUGAAUUGGCAUCUUUGGUACCAACGUGCAAUGCUAUGUCCCGAAAGCUAGAUAAACUUACUGUACUGAGAAUGGCUGUUCAGCAUAUGAAAACAUUACGAGGUGCCACAAACCCAUAUACAGAAGCAAACUACAAACCUGCUUUUCUCUCAGAUGAUGAAUUAAAACAUCUUAUUCUCAGGGCAGCAGAUGGAUUUCUGUUUGUUGUGGGCUGUGAUAGAGGGAAGAUACUGUUUGUUUCAGAAUCUGUCUUCAAGAUCCUCAACUACAGUCAGAAUGAUCUGAUUGGUCAGAGUUUGUUUGACUACCUUCAUCCUAAGGAUAUUGCAAAAGUUAAAGAGCAGCUCUCUUCUUCUGAUACUGCACCACGAGAAAGGCUCAUAGAUGCAAAAACUGGACUUCCAGUUAAAACAGAUAUAACACCUGGGCCAUCACGACUUUGUUCUGGAGCAAGACGUUCCUUCUUUUGUAGGAUGAAAUGCAACAGACCUUCAGUGAAAGUAGAAGACAAGGAUUUUCCUUCCACCUGCUCAAAGAAGAAAGCAGACCGCAAAAGCUUUUGCACAAUUCAUAGCACAGGAUAUUUAAAAAGCUGGCCACCAACAAAAAUGGGACUAGAUGAAGAUAAUGAGCCAGAUAAUGAAGGCUGUAACUUAAGCUGUCUUGUUGCAAUUGGACGGUUACAUCCCCAUGUAGUUCCUCAACCAGUCAAUGGCGAGAUCCGGGUUAAACCUACAGAAUAUGUCUCUCGACAUGCAAUAGAUGGGAAGUUUGUUUUUGUAGACCAGAGGGCAACAGCCAUUCUGGCAUAUUUACCACAGGAACUUCUAGGCACUUCAUGUUAUGAAUAUUUUCAUCAAGAUGAUAUAGGACAUCUUGCAGAAUGUCACAGACAAGUUUUACAGACAAGAGAAAAAAUUACAACUAAUUGUUACAAGUUUAAAAUAAAAGAUGGCUCUUUUAUUACCUUGAGGAGUCGCUGGUUCAGUUUCAUGAACCCUUGGACCAAAGAAGUAGAAUACAUCGUCUCAACAAAUACAGUUGUUUCCACCAGUGUACUUGAUGGUGGAGAUGCAGCCUUUCCGCAGCUUGCAGCUUCUCCGCACAGCAUGGACAGCGUACUUCAGGCUGGAGAAGGUGGCCCAAAAAGGACCCAUCCUACAGUUCCUGGUAUUCCAGGUGGAACAAGAGCUGGGGCAGGUAAAAUAGGUAGAAUGAUUGCUGAGGAAAUCAUGGAGAUUCAUAGGAUAAGAGGGUCAUCACCUUCCAGCUGUGGUUCCAGUCCAUUGAACAUUACCAGCACACCACCCCCUGAUACAUCUUCUCCAGGAGGCAAAAAGAUUUUGAAUGGUGGAACUCCAGACAUUCCCGCUGCUGGUUUACUAUCUGGGCAGAUCCAGGAUAAUUCUGGCUAUCCAUAUUCCGACAACUCCUCCAUUCUUGGGGAGAACUCUCACAUAGGCAUAGAUAUGAUAGACAACGACCAAGGAUCAAGCAGCCCCAGCAACGACGAAGCUGCAAUGGCAGUUAUAAUGAGCCUUUUGGAAGCAGAUGCAGGCCUCGGAGGCCCUGUGGAUUUCAGCGACUUACCGUGGCCCUUGUAAAUGCUACAUAUUAAUUCAGCAUCUGAAUAUCAAAGUGCAUUAUUGGUGGAGUUCUACAGUCUGUGAAGCUUGGAUUAUGAGAACAGCUUUUAUGUAUGAAUUUCAUAAAAGCCAUAUCAGAACACACAACUCAUCCGACCAUGUGUCAUUUCAGACAAAGUGGAGAUAAACAUGCUACAGUGUUCUUGCAUUAUGGAUUUGGUUAGCUGUGUAUAGCUUGCAUUAACUGUAUAUUUUGGGAUUCUGUUCUUUUUGAAUUUUUUUUAAUCACUGUGCAACUCAGCACUGUUCUCAUUGGUAGCUUUUAUAUGCAAAUGGUUGUUUCAGAUGUAUGAUGUGUUUUUACACUACAAAAAGGUCCCCCAUGUGGAUAUUUCUUAUACUAAUUGUAUCAUAAAGCUGUUUAUUCUUUCUUGUCAGAAUCCUUUACUAUAAAUAUUGUUAAAGUGUAAUGUAUUAGACAGUUAAAUAUUUUUAAAAUAAAUAUGUUUCCCUUGUUCUAAAAUGCAGCAUUUACUUUUUUGUAAUAAAAAAAUUUCUGAUAAAACCCA